UGACCAACAAAUGUCUCCUCGUCCGUCAAUCGUUCCGCUGGACACCGGGGACUCCCCCACUUCCGACAUCGGAGCAGGCACGACCGUCACGCAACCCGAGGCCCCUCCCAAGGAACCUGCAAGGGGCAACUGCAGGGUGUGCCUGAAAGCCUUCAGAGGUCACCAGCUGGACCAGGCCAGGUCCUGCGCCGAGUGCUCGCAAAGGGUCUGCGAAGACUGUGCGAGUUACAGCAAGAUGGACGACGGGGAAGAUACUAGGAAUUGGACUUGCAGUGUUUGUAGAAGGAAUUGCAACGGAGGCACUCCGAAACGCGUCUGGGCAGCAGUGCGGGUACCGAUGGUCUGUCUGUGGGGGGCUUCGGGGGCGGCUUGGCACCCCCUAGGAGCCCCGAGCUACGCAGGCACUCUGAUGUGUCGCCUUCAUCACUCAAGGAACUCGAAAGUUGAAAUCUGGAAAGCCAUCAUCUGAUCAGUCAUCGAAUAAACCAAUGAAACCUCUUGGCAGUCCGUAUGGCUCUACAGCUGAUGUCGGUCCCCCACAGGUCAGCGAUCCAGACGAGGGUCCCGAGUAUCACGACAACGCAGCUAUGAUGAAGAGGUGAAAGCAGCCAAAGGAAUCUCCCCCGGUGGCUCUCCAGCGACAGGUCCCGAUGGCUCCGCCGCUGGCCUGGGACUGCCUGCCCCUAUGCCGAGACGCGCCUCCGCCUAUGACGUGUUCGCUGGCGCACCGGGCGGCCUCCCAACCGUAGCAGGCCCGCCCAUGGGUAGAAGGGCAUCGUUCCGCGUUGCGCCACCCACUCUCGGUCGAGCAACAGAGCCCGACCACCGAAAACGAUGUGGGGCGGGCUCUCAUGCCGAUCAUCACAGGCGCAGGGUUGGGGGGACCUGUACCGGAGAUCGG